AUGGUUCCCCUGUACAAGGACAACCAGGAGGACAUCUGCCCCAUCUGCCUGGAUUCCGUGAAGGAGGCUGUGAGGACAGACUGUGGCCACCUCUUCUGCCGAAUGUGCCUGACCCAGCACAUGGAUAAGGCCUCAGUCUCUGGGGUCCUCAGCUGCCCAGUCUGCAGGAAGCCCUACUCUGAGGGGGUCCUCGGGGACGGUUAUAUCUGCUUCAGCCACCAGAAGAGGGUGUGCAUGUUCUGUGAGGCAAGCAGACAUCUCCUGUGUGUGGAAUGCCUCAAGUCCCCAGAACACCAGGCCCAUAAUGAGCUCUCCAUUGAAAAUGCCAUCAGCCACUACAAGGAAAGACUCAUACGCAGAAGCAGAAAGCUCAGGAAGGACCUGGGGGAACUUCAACGGCUGAAAGCUCAGGAAGAGGAGAUGCUGCACGCUACACAGGUGGAUUGGGGGAGCUACAGGCCAGGAGCUGAGUUGCAGAGCCAAGAUCAAACCACGGAACAGCUGAAGGCCCUACCACAGCAUCGUCUGGACCACCAAGAGGACCAGUCAGCGGAGGUGGUCAGGGUCUUUCAUUUCUCUGAGGCAGUAACACAGCUCAGCAUCCUGGUUUCUGGACUGGAAAGGAUGGCCAAGGAACUGGAUGCCAGAACUCUGAAGGAUGCCAGUGACUUACUGGACAGGAGUGCACCCCAGAAAUCAGAAGGACUCCUCUCUCAUCUUCCUCCAGCUGGUCCAAACCUCAGUUAG